AUGGCUUCAAACCUGAAUCUGGUUCGAGCAAAGGCUGCUGAAGCCUCAAAGGUUGUAGCCAAGAACGGAUCUUCCUACUACAAGCAGCUAUUGGAGCAGAACAAGCAAUACAUUCAGGAACCACCAACUGUAGAGAAAUGCCAGCUUUUGGCAAACCAGCUGUUUUACACUCGUCUUGCCAGUAUUCCUAGUCGUUAUGAAUCAUUCUUGAAGGAACUUGAUUAUGUCAAGCACUUAUGGAGGAACAGGCGGGAGCUGAAGACUGAGGAUGUUGGCAUUGCUGCCCUUUUUGGACUAGAAUGUUAUGCCUGGUAUUGUGUUGGAGAGAUUGUAGGACGAGGGUUUAAAAUUACUGGCUACCACGUCUAA